AAACAUGGAAGUUGAAGUGGGAGGACCGGACACUACAGAUAAGAAUGAUACACUCAUAAAACCGUCUGCUGUCAAAGCUACGGGACAGUUUAUAAAAUUUCAGACUGCAAAUGAAAAUGCUAAACCAACUGAAAAUGAAACUUCUGUCCAUGAUCGUUCAGAAACAGACGAAAAAAGUGAAAAUUCGACACCCAAGUACCCGGAAGGGAAACUUUGUGGUUGGUUAAUUAUAACUGCUCGCGGUUUAAUCAAAACAAAUCGACAACGAUGGUGUGUGUAUGGCGACAAAACAUGUAAACUUUAUUAUUACAGGAGUCAAAAUGACAUAGUCCCACUUGGAGAGAUUGACAUUUCCAGAGCAACAUUUCACUUUGAACCUACUGUUGAUAAACCAGGGGCUUUCCAGAUUAGGUCAGAUAAUAGAGAACAUGUGUUAGAUGCAUCCAAUCGCCAUACUAUGAUGUAUUGGUUACAAGAAUUACAGAAAAGACGUAGGAUUUACAAUAGUAAUCAAUCUUCUAAACUAACCAGACCAGUUAAGAGGCCACAACGUUUGAGUGGACUUGAUACGCCUAAAAUAGAUAAUGGGAAAGAAAACGAUGGGCAGGCAACUGAAAAAGAUCUUUCUCCUGGCAGCACAGUCAUUGUCCCAGAGAUUGUGGUGCCCUCAUAUUCACCACUUUCUGUUUGCACAGGUGAUACCAUUAAAAGGUCACAUACAGGGUCAUUUUCAUCAUUGAAAACAGAUAUAAGGGAUGCCAUAGGUGCCAUAAUGAAUGGACAAAGCAUUACAGGGAAGUUAGGAGGUGGUAAAGUAUCAAAACCUUCACCUUCACCUUCAUCAGCAAGUACAACUAGUGAUGAUUGGACUCUUCUGGAAAAUUCUGAACAGGCAAAAUCUCUAAAGACCCAAAACCCGCAGAACAAAAUCAUGAACGCUUUUAGUAAAAUUAAAGUAGGAAAAAAAGGGAAUAACUCUACAUCACCUACAGAUAAUCAAGUUUGUCAUAGAUGUAAACAGUUGCAAUCCCAGUUAUCAAUGUCAAAGGAAGAACAUCACUCGACAGAAGAUGAACUUCAGGCCCAUAGAGAAAUUGUUCGUAUACUGCAGAAAGAACUGGACAAACUCAGUAGAGAUGUUUUUUCUAGAAAUGAGGCAGAUGACAAAGACAGAGAAGGGUUGUUGAAAAUGGUGGCUGAAAGGGAUAAACAUAUCACAGAACUACAGUAUUCUAUUGUCAAUCUCAAAGAGGAAAAGGAACAUCUGUCUCAGAAACUAAGGUCAAUUGAUGGAGAAACAGGUGAAUUGUCAGAACAAGUGACUAUGUAUCAAGAUAUGUUAAAAGCCAAAGAUGAUACUAUCAUUCAACUGACCAAUGAAAUCACAGCAUUGGAGAAAGAAAGGAAUAAUAAUCAAACUAACACUCAAAACAGUGAUGAUGUCAAAAAUUCAGAAAAUACAAGACAAUCUGUUAUUAUUGUGUCAGAUACUCAGGAGCUAGCUAGAUUAAAGGACAUGUGUCAAGCAUAUGAACUACAAAACAAAUUUUUAACCAAAGAAAUUUUAGAACUCAACUACCUCAGACAAAAUGAUCAAGCCAAUGAAAAAGCUCUUAUGAUGAGUAAUGCAAAAUUAGAAGCUCAGUAUUUCCAAACAAGAAGCAAAUAUUUAGUCUUGUUUCAAGAAAUAAAGAAACCUAAACAAGGCGAGGAAGGAAAUCAGAAAGAUGAUGUUGUCAGCCAAUUGUUGAAAGAAGCUAUGGCAUUUGAAAAUGAUGAAGCAGAAAGUCUUGAAUUCCAGCUGACAUCAAGUGGACAGGAAUAUGAUCGGUAUGGAUUUGUAAAGAGAUACGGAGAGGAUGAAGAGGAAAUAGAUCCUUUAGCAGUUAAAGCUGAACAAUUUGAAAGACAUUCAGAGGAAAUAAAUAAUAAACUAAAGGAUGCAGAGGAAAUCCACUCCUUUAAACUGAGGUGGGAGAAUUUUAUGGUUGGUUUAGGUGUAAAACCACUCACACGAUCAUCUGAGUUGAAGAAUUUGAUAAGAAUGGGUAUUCCUAAUGAAUACAGAGAACAAAUAUGGAAAGGUUGUGUAAAUUUUUAUGUUGGAGAGACCAGAGACAAACUGGGACCCAAUUAUUAUAAGGAGUUGGCUAAUAAAACAAAGAAUGCUUCCCUUAGUCCAGAAACAAAACAGAUAGAACUUGAUCUUCUAAGAACAUUACCAAACAACAGACAUUACGAGAGUAUUGAAAAUGAAGGCAUAGAGAAAUUACGGAAAGUUUUGUUAAGUUAUAGCUGGCAUAAUCCAAGCAUUGGUUAUUGUCAGGGUUUAAACAGAUUAGCAGCAAUUAGUUUAUUAUUUCUAUCAGAAGAGGAGGCAUUCUGGAAUCUUGUAGCUAUUGUUGAUUUCCUGAUGCCGAGGGAUUACUACAGUAAAACUUUAUUAGCUGCUCAAGUUGACCAGAGGGUUCUUAAAGAUUUGCUCCAUGACAAGCUACCAAGACUCUAUAAUCACUUUGAACAGUUAGAUGUUGAUAUUUCCUUGUUUACAUUUAACUGGUUCCUGACAAUAUUUAUAGAUAAUAUUCCAACAUGUACAUUCCUAAGGAUAUGGGACUCAUUCUUAUAUGAAGGGAGCAAAGUUUUAUUCAGGUUUGCUGUUGCCUUCUUUAAAAGUGUUGAUGAGGAUAUUUUAGAAAAAACAACUGCCCUACAGUUGAACCAUUUCAUGAGAGUAAUGGGAGAUAAAAUGAACAAUCCAAAACACAUAUGUCAGCUUGCCUUUAAUUGGAUCAAUCCAUUUCCAAUGAGGAUGAUAAGUACCAGAAGACAAUUCCAUCUGCAGCAUGUUAAGAAUGAACUAGCUGAACUGGAUAGAAUGAGAGGGAAUUUACGGGACAACCAGAGAUGUGGCGGAGAUCAUGAUGAUAGUAGCGGUGAUGAUCAAUGAUUCAUUAAGAGACUACCAGAAAUGUGUUAGAGAUCAGUGAUUUAAUUAUCCACGGGACAGGCUUAAUUGUGGUGGAGAUCAGUGAUUUGUCCACAAGACAAGCAGAAUUAUGGUUGAGAUCCUGAUAAUAGCAGCAGAGAUGAUCAAUGAUUUUUAGUCAAACAUACAGUAUUGAUUUUCAUUGUAAUUCUAGUUUUAUGCUUUACUGUUCAAAAUUAGUGUUACUGUCAAUUCAAACUUUUUUCAUUGGAUACCAAAUUUCAUGGAUAUAUUUAAACUACAAAUUUAAAUGUAAAAUUCAACAUAGUACAAAGGAGUAGGGGCAAUAAGGCCCUUAUUUGGCCCAAAAAUUACUGCAAAUUUAAAAUUUAUCAUACAUAUUCUUAAAUUACUGAAAACUUGACUAGGGUAUAAGGUACUAUGAAAAACAAAACAAAUUUGACAUCAAACAAGUUACCAUGGCAACCAAAUCAUGACCUUAUUUGCAUAUUUUGUUGAAUUCGUAAUUUUCCUUAUUUUUUUCAUCAAAUUUUAAGUAUAUUUUAGAUUGAAAAAGAAACAAGUUUAUAUUUGGUGGGAUUGUGCCAAUAGUUGCAAUAAAGUUUCUGUUAAAUUAUUUUUUUGUUUCUCGGCUGCGCAGGAUGUUUCCACAACGGAAAUAUAGAGAAAAUACUGCAUAAAUUCUGUAUUUUUCAUCGUUUUUGUGAACGAGGACAUAUUAUGACGUAAUCGUAAUUAUGUUUUUCAUUUAUAUUUCUUGACCCUAAGUAUUUCUAAACAUUAUGUGCCAAUUUGAAAUGGUUAUCAAACAUUUUAUUUUCUUGGGCCAACAGUAGGCCUUAAUGCCCCUACUCUUUUUCUAUUGACAUAUAAUCAAGCUUUGGAAAAAUCAUAAAAUUCAAUAUCCACAAAAAUCAAUCCACCAAAUUUGCUUUUCAAGAAAAAUAAAUGAUUUCACAGUUUGCGAUAACUGUUUAGUAAAAAUUUGGUGCAAUAUUUUUUUUGUAAUGUCAGAAAAAAUUAUAUAAUUAUUUAAAGUUAUUUGUAAAAAGCAUUUAUUUUGUUUUUGCAGAAAAAAUAGCUAACUUUUUACAUGCUAUUUGGUUACAUGAUUGUGAUAACCCUGAAAAUCGUGAAAUGAUAAGGAGCGAAUAAUUAUAUCACAAGGAGUCGGUUGUACUGAGCAAUGACUUUAUUUCUUCAAGCAUCUAACUGUGAGGGGGAUAGGACCUUUAUCAGGACUCCAGGAUCAGGUGUUUUUAAGCUCAGGAUUCCGUGAUCCGGGAAUUAUUUUUUUUCGAAUUUACUCUAUUUAAAUUCUGGACCUCAGGAUUUCAUGUUUUUAAGUGUGGGAUUUCGGGAUCUGGACCCCUCCUAUUUCCCUCAUCUGUCUACCCUGCCAUACCUUGUGUAUUAAUGAUCUCUCCUCUUACAGCAGAUGUAAAAGAUUCAAUAUUUUUAAAAUCUAUAAUUUAAAAAUGUUGAUUUUUCUUGUAAGUGAUUUUCAUAACUACCAAGCAGUCACAUACUUUGAAUUCAUUUAUUUUUGUGGGCAUAAGUUUUCAUGGAUUGCUGAAAUCUUGCAUAUUCGUGGAUAUUUGAUUUCGUGGUUUUGCAAAUCUCUGUAUACACAUCCUAUUGAAAAUAUGAUAUUCGUUGAACAUUUUAUUUCGUGGUUCACCUGUACUCAUGAAACCCCCAAAAAAUUGGUAUCCAACGGAUAAUAAUGAAUCCACAGUACUAUUUGACACACAAGGUGGGAACACCUCAUAAUUUCUUUCAUUGUUCUAGCUCUAGAUUAAUUUAAACUACCGGUAAACAUUCAGAUAAUUUCAUAAAAGAUUUCUAGUCCCAAGUUAAAAUGAAAGGCAGUUUGAUGUGUAUAAAGAAAUGUAUUUACAUGUAAAUCAUUCCUAUACUCCAUAAUUUAUAGUAUUGUUGAUUAUUAUUGUUUUUGUACAUAAGAUUUAAUACUGUUGAUUUAAGGUAGCACAAUACAAAGAUUUUAUAACUCUAACUCCCAAGUUUUAAAAUGCUGUCACUUUCUUAAUAAUGCUUGAAAAUUUAUAAAAACGGUAGUUUUGGAUAGCUAACAGAUACUACUUCAGAUUAAUGCAAUGUUAGUAUUAUGCAACAAUUAUGUAACCAAUUAUAAUGUUAACUGUGUCAAAAAUACUUUCACCAAAUUUCCACUUUAAAAUGAAAUUAGCUUCUGCAUAUGUAUCUAUAGAGGGUUGAUUUUAUUAUAUGUUGUUCCUAUGGCCAUUCUCUACAAAAGGGUGUCUCAGAUUUCAGAUAGAAUGUAAAGAACAAAUUUUACACCUAAUUAAACAAUAUCUGCUUUUAUGUGGUUUAUAGGAUGUUUACAAUAAUUAGAGAUUUGUGAGAGAAUGGAAUACCAUAGAGACAA